AUCCCACGGGGGACGCCAAACCAUACACCUAUUUCAUUUUUCUCUUUUUGUCAAAACUAUAGACUUAUCUCGACAACUCUCCCCGCGUCGCCGCCGCCAAUGGCGGCUCUGCUCCGCCUCCAGGCCCUCUUCUCCCUUACGCUGGCUACUCCCCGCCGUCUCCCAUCCCAUCUCCGCUGUGCCGCAGCAGUUGCGUCUCCGCUCCCUCGCUGCCUCCCUGCCUCCGCCUCGAACGGCUCGCCGGAGCAGCGGGCCUCGGAAACGGAUUUAGAGUCGGGGUUGUAUCUAGUGGCGACACCCAUUGGGAACCUCGAGGAUAUCACCUUGAGGGCAUUACGUGUUCUGAAAUGUGCUCAUGUGAUACUCUCUGAAGACACAAGGCAUUCUGGAAAGUUACUUCAGCAUUACAACAUCAAAACACCUCUUCUCAGCUUCCAUAAGUUCAACGAACGCGAGAGAGAGCCCAUUAUCUUAAAGAGGCUCCAUGAAGGGGAAGCAAUUGCAGUGAUUAGUGACGCUGGUACUCCAGGCAUCAGUGACCCUGGCAUGGAGCUGGCUAGACUAUGCGCGACUGAAAAAAUCCCUGUUAUUCCCAUUCCUGGGCCUUCUGCAGCAAUUGCCGCUCUUUCUGCAUCGGGUUUGCCAACAGAGGAAUUCACAUUUGUGGGUUUCUUACCAAAGCAUGGUCGAUCAAGAAAAGCCAGGCUUGAGGUAUCUGCUCGUGAGGCUGUGACACAAAUAUUCUAUGUUCCUCCUCAUGGAAUUCAUCAGUUUCUUCUUGAUGCUGCUUCAUCUUUUGGCAAUUCAAGGUCAUGUGUUAUUGCAAGGGAGAUUACCAAAUUGCAUGAAGAGUUUUGGCGAGGAACCCUAGGCGAAGCAAAUGAAGCCUUUGCAACUCGACAGCCAAAGGGAGAAAUCACCAUCCUCAUAGAUGGGAGCUCAAUUUCAAUUGAUGAAACACCUUCUGAUGAUUUUCUUGAGCAUGAACUCAGAGAAUUGAUGGCAAAAGGGCAUGCUCUUUCAACGGCGGUGAAAUUGGUGGCCGAAGCUACAUCAGCAAAGAAGAAAGAUGUUUAUGCACUAGCACUGAAGGUGUUUGGAAAAUGAGUAAAAUGCAAUCCAUUUGCUCACGUCUGGGCAUGCUAACAUCUUCACCGUGGUACUUUCUAGACCAUAUUCCAAUUAUUAUCAUUCUGUUUGAACAUGUUGGGUAGCAUAUUGCUCUUGUGCAUCUACAGUGCGGAGCCAUAUUAGGAAUGUCCAUGGUUGAUGUUUGCAUCAACAUGGGAAUGUCAGCUAUUUCGUAAGAUUGCUGGAGAACUAUAUCACUUUCGUCGUUGGUUCUUCCCAGUACGGUGCACAUAUGGAACAGCCAUGUUUACCAUUUAAAUAUUUUCUCGUCCAUACAGCAUGGCCAAGAGGUUGCGGACCAUCAAAGUAGCCCGUUCCAUCGAUUUAGAAUCAGCUAGAGAUGUAUUAGAAAUUUAUAAUUUUUGAAGUUCUCUUUCCUCCUUUUCUAAUUGCUAUAGUUUGGUGUCAAAUGUAUGGUUGAUCCUUA